AUGGAAGUAAUGAAAUCUCGAGAAGAAGUAACAAAUGCCAUUCUUCUGGCCAAAGUACAAAAAGGUAUCACUUGGAAAGAAGUUGCGGAUGAAGUUGGCAGAAGUAAAGAGUGGACAACAGCAGCAUGCUUAGGUCAAAUGGCUAUGACCAAAGAACAAGCAGAGAAAGUCUCAAGCAUAUUUGACUUGCCUGAAAGUGCUCUAGCUUGGCUUCAAUGUGUGCCCCAGAAAGGUGCGCAUGGAAUUCCCACUGAUCCUGUUCUUUAUCGUUUGCAUGAGAUAUUGGGAGUGUAUGGUCUGACAAUCAAGGAGCUGAUUGUAGAAGAAUUUGGUGAUGGCAUUAUGAGUGCCAUUGAUUUCAAAUUAAACGUUGCGCGAGAAAAAAAUGAAGAUGGUGAUCGAGUGACCAUAGUGCUGUCAGGAAAAUUUUUGCCAUACAAAACGUUUUAA